UACUGUUGAGAGAUGGAGCUGUGAGGGACUAGCAGGCCAGGUAGAAGAUCCUCUGGAUCCAGAGAGGGGAUCUUGGGAAAAGAAUCUCUUCUGAAGGAGGAACGUAGGGUCCGAGACCUCUUGCCAGAGCAAAGACUCCUAAGUAGAAGGAAAUAGCAUCAUCCCUUAGCCAGAAGCUGAGCAAGACUCAACUUGGCAUCAUUCCUUCCAGAGACCCUCCAUGGCUCAGGGUAGGGAAAGGGUUGGUUCCAAGAUUCAGAGAGACCGAAGUGAAGGGGAAAGCAGAGAAGGUCAAGUGUGAUAGGCGUGUUCUCUUAAGGGAAGGAGACCUUGGUCCAACAUAGUGCAUUUUGCCAUCUUGUAGUAUGGGAUGUGGUCAACCCAUUCCCUUACUCUUACUGGCACUUUCUGGACUCUAGGUUGCUCCCUUAUCAUUUUUGCCACCUUACCUGGCCUCUGGGAAUAUGGGGAAUUCAUUCCAUCCUGACAAGGGGCAGAAAAGUUCCUGGAUUCUCAGAGUUCUGGUGGCAGCAGACCUACUAUAGCUAUAGAUUUUUUUUUAAUUAAACUCUACUUGGGAGAUUUGCAGGAAUAUUACUGUCAGCUUUUAUGUGUUCUUCAUAUAAGUUCACCUAGAUAAAUGUUUACAAUCACAUCCUCUCUUUCUCUAAAUAUAAUGUUAUAAAUAUAUUUUUAUACUUUUUUUCUCAAGUUUUUCAGAGUAAGUUACAAACAUGAUGCUCCUUUACCCCAAAGUACUUCAGUGUACAUUUCCUAAGAAUGAGAACAUUUUCCUUAUAUAACUAGCAGUUUUCAAAAUCAGGCAGUUAACACUCAUUUGAUACCAUUAUCCAAUCCACAGUCCAUAUUCAGAUGUGAACCAAUAAUGCCAUUUCAUGGCAACAUUUCUUUUUUCAUUCUAGAAUCCAGUUGGGAUCACCUGCUACCUUUAGUUGACACAUCCCUUUAGUCUCCUUUAAUUGGGAUCAGUUCCUCAGUCUUUGUCUUUCAUAAAGUUUCAAUAUUUUUGAAGAGCAUUGGUCAGCUAUUUUGUAUUAAUGUCACUCAGUAUGAUUUUGUCUGUUUCUUCGUGAUUAGAUUCAAGUAUUCAUUUUGGGCAGAAUAUCACGGAAGGGAUGUUGUGCCCGUCACAGUGUAUCAUAUCAGGGGGCACAUGAUGAUAUGUCUCAUCACUUGUUAAUAUCACAAGGUUAAGGCUAAGGUGAUAUCUGCCAGGUUUCUCCAAGGCAAAGUUGCUAUUUUUUUUAAGUUCACUUUAUUCUUAUUUUGAGAGAGAGAGAGAGAGAGAGCGAGCACAAGCCAGGGAGAGGCAGAGAGAGAGAGAGUGCGGGGAAGAGAGAGAAUCUAAGCAGGCUCCGUGCUAAAAGCAUGGAACAUCAAACUCACAAACCGUGAGAUCAUGACCUGAGCCAAAAUCAAGAGUCAGAUACUUAACCGACUGAGCUACCCAGGCACCCCCUCAUUCUAUAAUUAAUAAAUAUCUUGGGGGGGGAUAUUUAGAUACUAUAGAAAUACCCUAUUUUUUCACCCAGCUUUUGCCAAUGGUUUUUGCAUCCAUUGAUGCUGCCAUCUUAUUUAAAAGUGAAGGAAGUGACUUUCCCAGGCCACAGAACACAGGCCUCCAGAUACCCAUUCUCUGACAUGUUUGCCACACCACCACUCAGCUGGAACCUUGUAGCCUUGGAGACCAGGCCAAGGCUGAGUAGCUCAGUCCAGGAGGGUGAGGGAGGGAGUAUACUCUUUUAGAGGAUUGAGUAGUUCUCCAAAGCUGGAUUAACUGCCCCAGCUUGCUGGGCCUUAGGCCUUUCCUGCCAGCUCUGUCCCCAGGGGACGGUUCAGUUCUCUCAGAGAACCUUCUCCUGCUUUCAAAGCCCUCCUGUGGCUUCCCUCAUGAUGAAAAAAAGCAGUGGAAUAAUGAUCUGUAAAUAAUGAAGUAUGUACCUGUGUGUGUGUUUCAGUUACAGAUUAGAAUAAGAAACAUCCUGCCACCCAAAUCGAAACACUAACAUUUUAUUGUAUUUCAUACCAAAAGUUUUUCUACACAUAUAUUUUUUAAAUAAUGGGAUUUUUUUUUUUUAACUUGAGAUGUGCAUAGAGAACAGCGUGUAGCUUAAUGAAUCGUUCCACAUGUGCACACUCAUAUACCUACCACCCAGAUCAUAAUAGGGAACAUUUCCAGCACCCCAAAGGUUUCCCCCACCCCUCCCAAGCAGUGCCUAGUCAAAGUGGUGACAUAGGUUAGGGUUGCCUGUUUCUGACCUUCAUGUAAAUGAAAUUCAAACAGUAGAUCUUCCUUUUUUUAAAACUAUUUUUUUGACUUACUGGUAUAACUUGAUUAUUUUUUAAGCAAAGAAGUAUCUAUAUUUUAUUUAGCAUUCAAGGAAAUCACUUUUUUUAUUCUAGAGACAGGAAUCUAAGUAGUUAAUCUUAGCAUCAUUAAGACAAAUUCAUUAUUCUAUCUUGUGAACAGGAUGUUCCUGGAAAUGUUCCAUAUCCUGAUAAUGUGGUGGUUAUGUGGGUAAAUACAUUUGUCAAAACUCAUUGAACUAUACAAUUAAACCGGAUUCAUUUAUUUUAUGUAAAUUAUACCUCAGGAAAGAAAAAAAUAUUUCAAAAAGCAUAAUAAGCUCACUGCUCAGUCCUUCUAUUACUGAUAGGACAGCUAAAUGCCUCUUUCACACUAACUGUGCUAUAUGACUUAUGUUGUCUGACCUGUACAAUAUUUCAAAGCAUUUUGAUACAAUUAAGAGAGAGUGGAUAUUUAUUGUCUGCUAAAAGUAAAUCAUUAACUCAUUUAGCAUUAUAUGUUAAGAAGUUUUCCAUGUGUACCCUCAUGUACCCACCACCUAGAUUAUGACAGAGAAUAUUUCCAGCACUUUAAAAUUAUUUUCCUUUUUCAAAAGAUGAUUGAUUUGUCAGUAGAUUAGUGAGAAAAGACUUCUGUAAAACAAAGCCAGGAGAACGUAUUCAUUUUGAAAGAACUUUUUCCCCUUGAAACUAGCACUCCUUCUCACAUGGUUAGAGCCUGUGAGGCUGGCUCCUCUGUCCCUUUGCCAGGACCCAUCACUGAAGAAGUGUCUUUGCUUUCUGGCACUUAAUAUUACAGAGAUGCAUUUUGUGUUCUUUGCUCCAGAUGUGGACUCAGCCAUUUCCCAAGGAGGUUUAGUUCCUUUUUGGUGAAAUUAGUGGAAGAGAUCAGAAUCUGGGUACUAGCAGGGUUUUCUAGUUGGGAUGACACCACCUCAAGUUACUUCAGUGAGAACAGCCACAAAAGAUAUAAUUUUUAAAAUCAGGAGUUAUCCCAUUGAUGAUUUUAACAUUAAACAUUCAAGUACAUCGUAAAAUAUUUAUACUCUUAAACUAUGAUUUACCCUUUUUCUUUUAUAAUUUAAGCCACGUAGUUAUCUCUUUAAUUAAACACCUUAAUUAAAAAUAACAAUUGUUGGGGCUCCUGGGUGCCUUAGUUGGUUAAGCAUCUGACUCUUGAUCUUGGCUCAGGUCCUGAUCUCACAGUUUGUGAGUUUCAGCCCCGCGUUGGGCUCUGCACUGACAUCACGGAGCCUGCUUGGGAUUCUGUCUCUCCUUCUCUCUGCCUCUUCCCCGCUUGCACUCUUUCUCUCUCUCUCAAAAGAAAUAAAUAAAAUUUUUAAAAAAGUAACAGUUGUUUGGGGCGCCUGGGUGGCUCAGUCGGUUGAGCGUCCGACUUCGGCUCAGGUCAUCAUCUCACGGUCCGUGAGGGCGAGCCCCGCGUCGGGCUCUGUGCUGAAAGCUCAGAGCCUGGAGCCUGCUUCGGAUUCUAUGUCUCCCUCUCUCUCUGACCCUCCCCCGUUCAUGCUCUGUCUCAAAAAUAAAUAAACAUUUAAAAAAAAAAGUAAAAAAAAAAAAAAAAGUAACAGUUGUUUGUUCUCAUUCGUUGAAAAUUAUUUUUUAACGACAACACUUAAUAUUCCAGAUGAAUAACAAGGUUUAGCUUUUAGUAAUCAUUUGUGCCAUAGUUUAAGUAACUAUUAGUUUUACUAAUGUUAUGCAGUUAUUUUAUUUUGCUUUAAGUUCUUUGUAAUAAGUUACAAAAGCCUUUUUCCAGUUUAUACUUUAAAAAAAUAAUAACAUUAUUAUAGAAAAAGCAUCCUAAAUAUAGGAUUUCAUAAAAACUAGUAGGUGAACUAAAGUGCAAACUUUAAAAGUAAAUAAGAGGUAAAACCCAAGCAUUUUGCCUUUAAGAGAAAACAUAUUGUCCUUGUGCAAAGGUGAUCUUAUUCAGAGCAUGAACGUGGCUCCAUGGGGCCAGUUAUUUAAGUUUUAAGGAUUUUGUUUUUAAAUAAAUUUUCACUUACUUGGUAGCAGCUUUUACUUCCUGGGGGGUCUGUUUUAUGCAUUCACAUUCUGAAUUGAAUGGCCCUAUAUUUUUUCUUCUACCACAGUGAUUUAAAGCAUAGGUUUUUAUACAAGAUUUACAUAGGGACUUUGCAUGUUCCAGGAUGGGCCUGGUCCCUCACAGCUCUGUUCUCUUUCUCCUCCUUCUCCCCCCAAUCUCUGUCUUCACAGGAUUCAAAUCUUUUUCCAAGAACAGAAAAUGAUUGAGUACCAGAGACCUGUGUCAUUCAAAGACGUGGUAGUGGGCUUCACUCAAGAGGAGUGGUACAGGCUGAAUCCUGCCCAGAGGGCACUGUACCGGGAUGUGAUGCUGGAGACCUAUAGCAACCUUGUUUCAGUGGGUUAUGAAGGCACUAAACCAUAUGUGAUCCUCAAGCUGGAGCAGGAAGAAGCACCGUGGAUCUGUGAGGCAGCAUGCUCGGGCUGCCACUGUCAGGAAAACAUUUGUCAAGUUAAUGUCCAGAGGAAAAGACAGCAAGACAUGAUUUUGAAACAAGGGGCAUUCAUCAGCAAAAAAACAUUGCCCAAGGAAAGAAGCCAUGAAAACAAUAAGUUUGGGAAAAUAUCACCUCUGAGCAUUAAUCUUUUUCCUUCAGUUCAAGACCCCAAUAACUGGGACCCCUAUGGAAAAAGUGUGAACCAUAAUUUAGACUUGAUUGGUUUUAAGAGAAACUAUUCAAAAAAAGAUGAGUGCUGUGGAUGUGGGAAAUUGUUACAGCAUACAAACCAUGAUAGAAAACCUAAUGGAGAAAAACUCUGGGAAUGCAGUCACUGUGAGAGAGCUUUUAGCCACAACCCAGCACUUAUGUAUAAACCAACAGUAACCAAUUCUCUUGUGUACAAACGUAAGAGGGUUCCACCUACAGAGAAACCCCAUGUCUGUAGUGAGUGUGGGAAAGCCUUCUGCUACAAGUCUGAAUUCAUUAGGCAUCAGAGAAGUCACACUGGGGAGAAGCCAUAUGGAUGCACUGACUGUGGGAAAGCCUUUUCACAUAAGUCAACCCUUAUUAAACACCAGCGAAUUCACACUGGGGUAAGACCCUUUGAAUGUUUUUUUUGUGGGAAAGCCUUCACUCAGAAGUCACACCGCAGAGAACAUCAAAGAACACAUACUGGAGAAAGACCCUUUGUGUGCAGUGAAUGUGGGAAGUCAUUUGGUGAGAAGUCAUACCUCAAUGUACAUCGAAAAAUACACACAGGAGAAAGACCAUAUCGUUGUAGAGAAUGUGGAAAAUCCUUCAGCCAAAAAUCAUGCCUCAAUAAACAUUGGAGAACUCAUACAGGAGAAAAACCCUAUGGAUGCAGUGAAUGUGGCAAAGCUUUCUAUCAGAAGCCAAACCUCAGUAGACACCAGAAAAUUCAUGCCAGAAAGAAUGCCUAUAGGAAUUAAAACAUAAUAAUUGUGGGAAGCCUUAAGCAAGGUAUCCUAUUUCAUUGUAUGUGGAAGCAUUCAUUUUCAGGAGAACUCUCAUUGAUUUAAUGAAUUUGGACAAAAUGUUUUUACCAUAAGGGGAGUCAUGUUCUAAUUGUGAUAGGAAACUUUAUACAAAGAUUGUAGAAAACACUUUAUAAAACAUAAACAUGGUCACUCUGGCUUAUGAAAGUUUAAAAAUAUGUUAAUGGAAUAACAAUACAAAAUAUAUGUGAAAAGAAUUGGUAUAUUAUGGCAUAUUCCACAGUGAGCCACAUAAUAAGCAUUAUUUAUAUUUUGGAAACGUAAAUGUGGAUUUAAUGUGAUUUGUGAAUAUCAAGCACAUUUGUCACAUAGUAUGUAGAAUGCCAUUCACCAAACUUUUUCACUCUAAAUAUCACCAUUGUCUUUUAAUGUCUUAACAAUAUAAAAAAUAAGAACAUUUGUUAAUGUUGAAAAGGCAAGGCUAAGGAAUAGUUUCACAACCUAAUAUUGGAUGAACAAAAUACUAUAAACUUGAUAGCACAGCCAUUAUUUGACAAAUAGUAGUGUGGCCCUGGCAUAUUGUGCACUACUUCUAUUUUAUUAGUCUUAGCUUAACAUGCCUUUGCAGCAAAUUAGGAAAGACAGUGUUUAUAUGAGUCUUAUAAUUCAGAAAUGUUUCUUGCAGAGACCAAAGAUAGAAUUUUUCUGUUGUUGUUUUUUUUUUCUUUUUGCAAAUUAAUUCAGCAAUGUCCACUUUUCUUCCCUAUCAAUUUCCCUGUGAAUAUCCUGGGCAUGAAAACCCAAAUUGUUUCAUCAUUCCAAUCUUGAAAAAAAAAUCUACUUCCUUGAGCUGCCACAUCUUCCAAAUAAAACAAAUGCCCACACUGUUCAAGAUAUGCCUCCUGUAAGAAUGCCUGGUCCAGAAUGAGAAAGGAAACAAUCACAUGAGCACCGGAUGUUGUAUGUAAGUGAUGAAUCACUAAAUUCUACACCUGAAACUAAUAUUACACUGUAUGUUAAUUAACUGGAAUUUAAAUAAAAAUCUGGGAAAAAAAUAAUCACAGAUAAAGAUAUGAUUAAAAGAGUGAUAAAAGAUACUUCAUACAAAUCUAGAUCAACCUGUUUUUAAAAGAGGAAUUAAAUGCUUUUCUUGCAAAAUAGAAGUUAGGAAAAUUGCAAGAAGUAGAAACUUGAUAGAACAAUUACCAUUGAAGAGUUUGGAAAAGUGAUUAAAGAUCUAGGAUUGAAAAAUGCUCCAGGGCCCAGAUGAUUUCAUUGUUUCUUCUUGAUACCAGUGUUAUUUGAAGUAUUUCAGCCCAUAGAUUAUGUUCUCCAGUUUAUUUUAUGAAGUCAGAAUAAGUUUUAACACCAAAACCAAAUAAAGGUAAUUGGAAAAAAGAAAACUCCAGGCCAGUCUUACUCAUGAAUUUAGAAACAAAAAUUAUAAUUAAAAUAAUUACAAGUAGAAUUCAGCAAUAUACCUAAAGAAUGACAUAAUGACCAAGGAAGAAUUAUUCCAAGAAUGCAGAGCCAAUGCAGUAAUAGGAAAUAAAUCAAUAAAAUUAACAGUUUAAAAGAGAAGAUGCCAUCCAUCAAUGCUGACAAGAUAUUUAAUAGAAUCUGCAAACAUUUCCAAUCUAAUAAAAUGUAAAUUAAAUUGUAAUACUUAGUAACCACUUAGGAGUUACUUUACCAAAAUCCUAUAGCAUAUUUUAUACUGAAACCAUUUUUUGAAAAUUAAGAAUUUAAUAGUAUUAGAGAUAAGGGUGUUCACUGCUGUCUAUUUUUACUAAACAUUGUGUUGGAGUUUCCAAUGAAGGCAGUAAAAAAAUUAAAUUAAAUAAUUGGUAUAAACAAUUUAAAAAGAGGGAAACUUUUUGAUGAUAUUAUAUAUCAAUAAAUGAAGAGACUAGUAAUUGUUUUGGGUUGAAAGGUAAUUUUCUAAAAAGACAGUAUGGAAAUUAAGUUUUCUCUGUAAACAUCUAAUAACUUACAUGUACUUCUUUUGGAAUUACACUAAAUGUCAGUGAUUUUUUCUUUUAACUUAUGUGAAAUGAUCUUAAAAUCCAUAUGGAAGAACAAAUGCCUAACAAUCUAGACAAGAAAAGUAUGAAAAAGAAUUUCAUACCAGAUGUCAGAAUAUAACAUGAAGUCACUUUAAUCAAAUUAAUAAAGUAUUGGCAAAGGAUAAAUACAUCAAUGGAUCAGAAUAGAAAAUCUUGAAAUAGACCUAAGUGUAUAUGAGCUUUCUCAUAUAUGGAAGAGGUGGAAUUUCAGGCUAGAGGGGAAAGGAAUAGUUUAUUUAAAAAGAAUUCUGGUAGAAUUGGCUUUUACUCAGGAAGAAAGUGAAAUUUGACUAAUACCCCAAAGCAUAUGAAAAAAAAAAUCCAGGUGGAUUUAAGAUUUAAAUUGUUUAAUAAUAAAAUUCUUGAAGGAAAAAUGAAAGGAGACUACAGGUAUAAUCUAGGAGUUGGGAAGAUUAACUUUACCAACAAAAGAUACUUGAAGGCUAUUAAAAAAUACUUGACUACAUAAAAGUAUAAUCUUUUGUAUGGCAAAAGGUGCCAUCAACAAAGUCAGUACACGAUAUUUUUGAGGGAAAUAUUUGCAAAGCCAAUCAGAGAAGAGGUGCUUUUCAAAUUGACAGGAAAAAGAUAACUCAGUGGCAAAACAUGGGAAAGUAUUGUGAAUAGACAGUUGUAAAAACAGCAAACCCAACUGGCUGGCUAUCAAAAAAUGUUUAGCUUCAGUGGUUGUUGGGGAAUACAGAUUAAACUCAUAAUGAGAUGGGGUGUCAUAAUGAGUGGGGUUGAGCAUCCAGCUUCGGCUCAGGUCAUGAUCUUGAGGUUCAUGAGUUUGAGCCCUGCGUUGGGCUCUCUGUUGACAGCUUGGAACCUGGAGACUGCUUUGGAUUCUGGGUCUCCCUCUCCCUCUGCCCCUUCCCCACUAGCACUCUCUCUCUUUCAAAAAUAAAUAAACAUUAAAAAAGAUUUAAAGUCCUAAUGAGAUAACUGUGCAAUCAAACUGACAAAAUAUAGCAGGACUGCUUUUUUGCUGUCCCAACAAAGGUUCUUAUACACCACUGGUAGAAACAUAAUCAUUACAGCUCUUUCAAAAAAUCAAUGUGGUAACAUCUAUUAUAAUUUAAAGUACUUAUGCCACUUUGAGGAAUCUCUUAGAAGUAAAACCCCAAUACGUAAAGACAGAUGAAUAUGGAUAUUUAUUAUAAAAUUAUUCCUAGUGGCAAGAAGACACUAGAAUCCAAAUAAAUGCCCAUCAAUAGGGAAAUUGGAAAAGGGGAGGAAUUAUAUCCAUUCCAUAACAUGUUUAUAUAGCCACUAAGGUGAACAAAUUAAACCAUGCUAGUGGACUUGAAUUCCAUAAUGUUUUCUUGAGUGAAAAAAGCAAGGGAGUGAAAAAAGCAUAUUUUAAGUGUGUAAAAUAUGAUCCUGUUUUUGUAAAUCAGUGACAAAAUGCCUCUAGGUGUUUAUGAGUGAUAAAUAUGUAUCCAUAUAUGUUUGUGUAUGAUUUUCUAUGCAUGGAGAAAAGUAUUGAAGAGUAUACAUUGGGUUGGGGGGAGGUGGGUGAUAUAGGUUGGUUUGAGGGAGUCAGAGAGGGAAAAUGAAAGCCAAAAAGAAAAAAAAAUACAUAAAUGAACCAAGUAUGAUAUCUCAAAUGUGUGUUUAAAGUUAUUUGAGUGGGGAGCUAGAAUUCUGCUAAUUUGUUGAUAUGUUUGUGCUAUAUUGUUAAGUGAAAAGGGCAAAUUGCAGAAUAAUGUAUACAAAUCUAUUUUUUUUAUUAAAAAUCCUGUAUGUGUAUAUAUGCAUGUAUGUUUAUAUGAACAAAGUAUGGAUGGAUAUACAGCAGGGUGUUAACAUUGGUUAUCUUGGUAGGGAAGGGAAAAAUGGCAGUUGUUUAAUUUAUAUGUCUUUGUAUUGUUUUACUUGUUUUAACAUAUAUACCUUUUGUAAUUUGAAAAACAAAAUAAAGGGGGAAAAUGUUUCAAAGUGCAUAAAGCAUUGCAAGUGUUUCUGUUUUCUGACAAGAUGGCACCUUGGUCUGGUUUACUGCCUUUCCUCCAGCACUGUCCUUCAGAUAUCACCAAAGUAAAAGUAAAUGUCUAGAUUGUUACUUGUGCUUCUGUAAAGCAAAAGGAAAUAUUUUGAGAAACUCCCAAGCAGAGAGAGGUUUUUUGUUUUUAUUUUGAA